AUGAAUCACAAUAAAAAUCGUGAAGGGCGCAAGAGAAACAUUGACGUAAAGCUUAGAUCUAGGAGAAUCGAGACACUUGUCAAAAAGGCUGUAGAGUUAGCUAUGCAGCAUGAAGUUGACUUGCUACUUGUUGUAUAUUCCCCAGACACAAAAUCUUGGAUUGAAUAUUCAUCUAAGGAUGCUGGACAACUCUUCUUUGGCCUACAAGCUGCCAAAGAACACAUGGACAAGGUCGAGACUUUUCACAAUGACAAAAUCAAAGCUCUUCUGAAGACUGACGCUAAAGAGACGAGUACUUCCCCGCCUCCUACGAAGCGCCUUAAGCAAGCAACUGACGAGUCACAGUUUUCCGAACCUACUGAUAAAGUCAGGAAAGGACUGGAUUCUGAUGCAAGCACCUUGAGCACAAAUGAGACUCUGCCGAAACUGUCUCGAAUUAAAGGUAGCCCUACUAAUACUAAUUUAGAGCUAUCUGAAUCGACUGAAUUAACUACGGUACCAUUUAAUUUUGCCGAUAUGAUUGGAAAACAAGAUUCAUUAAAAUUGCCUACGACUUUAGCUGAUUUGGAUCCUGAUGAUUUCUUGUUUUAA